UUGCUUUGCUUUUUUCCUUUCGCGAUUUGUCAAAAAACGCGAUCUAUACGGUGUGGCCGUACGGUCUGUAACUUUCGCCGUAAAAAAAGAGUUUUAUCCCAUUUUCACUUGCCCAAAAAGUGUAUGAACAUCGACCCAAAGUGAGCAGCAAGCAAGUGCAACCGAAAUCACCAUGUCUCGCUACGUGCAACGUCCGGAAAACGCUCUGAAAAGAGCGAACGAAUUCAUCGAUGUUGGCAAGAAGGCUCGUGCCCUGGACACCCUUCAGGAGGUGUUCCGGGCGAAGAAAUGGAACUACAAUUGGUCGGAAUCGGUCAUCGAACCGGUGAUGUUCAAGUAUCUGGAUCUGUGCGUCGAGCUGAAGAAGUCGCACAUCGCCAAGGAGGGCCUGUUCCAGUACCGGAACAUGUUCCAGCUGGUAAACGUUGGCUCGCUAGAAAAUGUGAUUCGCGGCUACCUGAAGAUGGCUGAAGAGCGCACGGAACAGGCGCAGCAGCAAUCUUCCCAGGCCAUCCUCGACAUCGACGAUCUGGACAAUCUGGCAACGCCCGAAUCGAUUCUGAUGAGUGCGGUGUGCGGUGAGGACGCGCAGGACCGUUCCGACCGUACGAUCCUUUUGCCGUGGGUAAAGUUUCUAUGGGAAAGUUACUGCCAGUGUUUAGAGUUGCUGAAGGUGAAUUCGCACUGCGAAACGCUGUACCAUGACAUCGCGCGAAUGGCUUUCCAGUUCUGUCUCAAGUACAAUCGCAAGAUGGAAUUCCGCAAACUGUGCGAGAAGCUGCGCAAGCAUCUGGAGGACAUUAGCAAGGUGUCAUCGCAGACGGCAAACGUGAGCAUCUCGAAGCCGGAAACGCAGCAGCUCAAUUUGGAGACGCGCCUGCAUCAGCUCGAUUCGGCCAUCCAGAUGGAACUGUGGCUGGAGGCGUAUAAGGCAAUCGAGGACAUCCACGGGCUGAUGGCAAUGUCGAAGAAGACGCCACUGCCGAAAACAAUGGCACUGUACUACACGAAGCUGGCAAUGGUAUUCUGGAAGGCGGGCAAUCAGCUGUUCCAUGCAUCGGCACUGCUGAAACUGUUCCAGCUGUCGCGUGAUAUGAAGAAGAACGUAACCGCGGAUGAAAUCCAGCGCAUGACGACGCAUGUUCUGAUUGCUACGUUGGCUAUUCCACUGCCCUCGGCUCAUCCGGAGUUUGAUCGAUUCAUCGAAACGGACAAGAGUCCAAUGGAAAAGGCCCAGCGGCUGGCGUUCCUGCUCGGUCUGCAACAAUCACCCUCUAGGGCACUUUUGCUCAAGGAGCUCAUCCGGUUGAAUGUUCUGCAGCUAGCUGCACCCCAAUUCCGCCAUCUCUACCAGCUGCUGGAGGUGGAAUUUGAUCCACUGAACCUGUGCGAUCAGGUGCAAAAGAUCGUGGAUGAGAUUGAGGCGGAUGCGACCUCGGUGUACGGUCAGUACGUGCAGGCCUUGAAGGACGUUACGUUGGUGCGGUUGGUGCGCCAAAUUUCGCAAGUAUACCAGACAAUCGAGUUCCCGCGGCUGCUGGAAUUGGCGAAGUUUGCCGAUUACCAUCAUCUGGAGCGUAUUCUAGUUGACUGCGUGCGUCACAAUGAUAUGCAGAUAACGAUUGAUCAUCGCAAUGGGUGCGUACAUUUCGGUACGGAUCUGUCGGAGAGCCAGCGCGAGGAUCAUCCGGACGGGCCGACACUUCAAUCCAUGCCAUCGGAGCAAAUCCGUUCGCAGCUGGUCAAUAUGUCGGUUGUGUUGCAUAGAGCCAUUGCUACGAUCGAUCCGAACCGCAAGAAGGAAGAGAGGGAAAGAUUGCGCACACAGAUGGUGCACCAGUACGAGGAAAACGCAGACAAGGAGCACCAGCGCAUUUUGCAGCGACAGAAGAAGAUCGAAGAUCGCAAGGAAUACAUCGAACGGAUGAAUCAGGAGCGCGAGGAGGAAGAGCUGCGCCUGCAGGAAGAGCAGGCCCGUAUGUUGAAGCUGGCCGAACAGCGCCGGUUGGAGGCGGAGAACGAGGAGCGAGAGCGCAAGCGGCAUGAAAACGAACUGCAGAUGAUGAAGGAGCGCAACAUGAAGGAAAAGAUCGAGCAGAUCAAGCAGACCGCUACCGGACAGAAGCUGCUGAAGAAGCUGGACGAGGAAGAGAUCCGCAAGCUGAACACGGAAGAGAUUGCGGCUCGCGAAGCGGAGGAGCGACUGAAAGAGCGCAAGGCGCAUGAUAACAACUUGAAGACGCAGGAAAAGAAAAUCGAUUACUUCGAGCGUGCCAAGCGGCUGGAGGAGAUUCCGCUCAUUGAGAAGUAUCUGCAGGACCGUUCGGUGCAGGACAAAGAGUUCUGGGAGAAGCAGGAAGCGUCCCGUAUUGAGGCGGCCAUUGCCGAGCGCAAGAAUGCGGAAGCGUGCCAGGAACGGUUGAAGCGAAUGUUGCCGGAUCGCGAUGUGUACUGGCAGCAGCUGAAGAACGAGCGUGGCAAUCAGUUUGCCGAGAAGCUGAAGCAGUUCAAUCUGGCGCUGGAGGAGGAAUGUAAGCGUCGACUGGCGGAUCGUAUUGUCAAGCGUCGCGAAGAGCGCCGCAUGAAGUGGUUGAAGGAGAAGGAGGAAGAACGGCGUCGUAUUGAGGAAGAAAUUCGCAAGCAGAAGGAAGAGGCAGAUCGCAUUGAGCGUGAACGCCGUGCCGAGGAGAGACGUAUUGCGGACGAAAAGAACCGGCAGCUGGCAGAGAAGCAGCUGGCCAUUGCUGAGGAGGUGGAGCGCCGAAGGAAAGAGGAGCUCGAACAGAUGAAGGAGGCGGAUGGUCGCCGUGACCGGCGUGCUGGCGCUGGUGGUGCAAGUGAACCGAAACCUGAUGAAAACUGGCGUAGAGGACCAGCGGCCGCUACCACCAAUCCCGCCACUAGUAGUGAGGAACCGAAAAAGAAUGUCUGGCAGACAUCGGGUCGAUAUGGACCGGGAACCCGCGAACGAGCUCCUGAGACGGGCGCUAAAGAUAAAUGGCGUGCUGCACCGGAAGAUCACGAGAAGGAUGCAGGAGCACGCGACGGUGGUGCCAUGCGUCGUGGCGGUGAGAUGCGUCGUGGACAGGACGAUCGUGGACCUAUCCGGCGUGGUGGUGGUGCUGGUGGUGAUGACCGCGGUGAGCGUGAGGAUCGUGGACCAAUUCGUCGUGGUGGCGGUGGUAGUGGUGCUCCACCAGCCGCUGGAGGUCCGCGCCGUGGUGAUGAUCGUCCGGGCGGUGGCUUCAAUCGUGACCGUCGUGAUGAUCGCCGUGAUGAUCGACGUGAUGAUCGUCGUGAUGACCGGCGUGAUGAUCGCCGUGAUGAUCGUGGUCCACGGGGCGGUGAUCGUGAUAACAAUUGGCGCCGCGGUCCAACCGAAAACAGCGAUGAAAACCGAAGAGGUCCGGGACCGCGGGAUGAAGGACGACAGGACACCUGGCGCAAUCCACGUCAAGAGGCUGCACCUAAACCGAAGGAAGAACGACCACAGCGUGAACCUCGCCCUCAGGAAAAUGUACCCCCACGCAGUAACGCAGGCCCCGAUGAGGAAGGUUGGACGGAUGUGAAACACCGUUAAUGUUAAGAUGUGCUACGAUCCCGGUCUUCUACAACGGAUGCUGUCUGCGGCUAAAGUUGCACUUGAUUCACGGACAGAUCUGAAUGCUUUUUUCUGUAUCCUUUGUAGCAAGGAAGGUAACAUAGGAGAACGGAGAGAAAGAGAUCGAGAGUGACAUGCUAUGCUUAGGUAACUUCACAAUAAAAUAUAAUUACUCAUAUGGGAAAUAAUAA